UAUUAUAUUUUAUGCAUGUGCAGACCAAUAAAAAGUCCUAAAAAUCCUACGCCCGCAAAGAAAGAUCAAAUGCUGUUCUACUUCCUUCUUCGCCAUAUUUCAAACUGUUAUAACGGAGUAUGAUUAAGAACAUUUGAGGUGCAAAAUUCUUUGAAGAUGGAAACUUCACAGAAUUAUUUUACUCCUAUGUGUUCUGUCCAUAAUGAUGCAGUUGCAAAAGCAGUUUGCUUGAAGAACAAAGAACUGCUUUGUUUGCAGUGCGCUAUAGGUAAAGCUAAGUUAGAUGCCUACACUAUUCAAGAAAUUGAUAAAAUUUCUGAAGGAAAAGAGAAGCUCAAACUUGAAUAUAUAGUAAUGAAACAAAUUGCUUCUAGAAAGGAAAAUUUUAUUGUCGAAUACGAACGAAAAGCUGGAGAGGUGACAGAAAACCUGCAACAACAAGUAAAGAAAAUGUAUGACCAACUGUCAGAGGAACUCUCCAAACUAAAAGAAAAUACUCUACAUUCGGUAGAAUCUAAGAGAGAUUUAUUUCUCAAAGAUUUAUAUAGCAACAAAAAGGAACUAGAUGGAGUGCAAAAGACAAUUAAUGAAAACCUUGAAAAGUUAUCUGUUGCCACAGUUAGCGAUGUUGACAGUUUUGAAUCACAACUACAGGAAGUAAAGAAAAAGCUGGCCGAUGAGAUUCCUGAUCUUAAUUCGAAUCCAGAAGGAGUGUUCAUAGCAAGCAAAAUGUUUCAAGAAACGAUGAGCAAGUCAAAAGGUGUUUUGGGGGAAGUGAAUUUAAGCAACAUGGAUCACUAUUCACUUCCCACACAAGAUGAAUCACAGGCUAAUAAUGCAGUGUAUUUGGAACCAACGGCAAGUAUCGGUAGUCAGCCACCAAAACUACCUCCAAAGCCUGAUGCUGUAGCAUCUGAUGAAUACUGUGAAAAGCCAAAACUAUUACCUCGGAAUGCGGAAGCGAAGAAUAAGAGAACAUCUAUAAAUGAAGACACCAGUCAAACGGUAAUGAAAACAACACCAGGUAAUGAUAUUACUACAUCACAAACUGAUUCGAAAAAAACUGAAACAGUUGCUGAACCCAAACAAGAAAAAGCAAAGAAACCAAAGUUUAAAUUAUUUGGCGGCUUGAGCGCCAAAGAAAAACCGAGAGAGAAAUUAGAAGAUUAUGAAGAUGUAACUUUCACCCCUAAAACCCCAGUACAAGCAAAAUACCUUAUCAAUAGAACAAUAACUCUAUCAGGACUACAAUCAAUUCAUGCGCCAAUGAAAUUCUCAAAGCUUGUCACCAUAGGUCCGGAUCGCAUUGGACUUUUAACUAGAACACAAUCUACUGUUGUCGUGGCACAACUAGAUGAAAAUACUAAUAUCAAACCGUACCGCAAUGGAGUCACAAGCAUUGCAGCUACAGAAAAUGAUCAGCUCGCUAUACUUACCAAGAAAGACGGAAAUAAGAUUGAGACUGUUUGUGUGACUGACAAAGGCUUUGAUACGAAAAGCACUAUCGACUUAAAAGUAGAACUAUCUGAUGUUACAGGAUUUGAUUAUUCAAAAAACAAAUCACGUUUUGCAAUAGGUACUAGAACAAAGCAGGUUAUCAUUGAUGGGAAAGGAAAGAAGAUCAAAUCUACAGACAUCGACAUUACAACAGGCUCGUCGGAUAUCGCCACAACGUAUGAUUUCGAAAAUGACUGUAUCUUUGUUCUGAACAUGGAACAAAAAUCAAUUAAAUGUGUGAGUCUCAAAAAUUUGGCACCCGUUUGGAAACGCAAAUGUGAGGACGAUGUGUUCAAACCAAAAUCUGUUUGUUUGUAUAAAGACAAACUUUGCGUAGCUUGUUCUGGAUCUGUAACGAUAUUUGCGGCUAAAGACGGCACGCCGAUACGAAAGCACGACACCACUGACCUUGUUCAGGACUGUCUUGGAAUAUGUGUGAUUGAUGAUGUUAUCGUGAUUUCUUCCAAUUCGGAUGGAUUGGACGAGUCGCGAAAACUUGGUUUCAUAGGUAUUUAGGUGAAAAAUGUUGAGUUGGCAUACACUGAAAACAGACAAAAUACGAAUUUCUAGGUACUAAACCUAAUAUACUUAUAAUUUCGCACGAGCAUGAAAAAUGAACAUUGAUAGAAAAAAUUGCUUUAAUUGAUAAAUGGAGGUAAUGUUUCGCCUAAAAAGUACUGGUUAGAAAAAUAUGCUUUAAAUAUCAUGGUUGCGUAUAUCGCUGUUAAGUGCGGGUGAACCUGCGCAAAAAAACUUUUGUAUGUUUUUGUUAUCCGUAUAGACUUGUUUUUCGUCAGAGUUUUAUACUUGCUUUGUGUGUUGUCUUUCUUAUAUCAUUUUGUAUUAGUUUAAAGUUAGAAAAAGAUUAACAUGUCUUUCAUACGUAAUAAAAAAUGUUUUUUCUGCAUGAAAGUUUAGUACAUUGAUUUAAAUCUUAACAUCAGUAGAUGCUAAUACUUAAUGUUUCUUUUUUAAAAAAAUAUAGUGUACUUUCAAUACAUAGAUAUAAAAGAAAUAUCAUUAUUUAUAAAAUCGGCUUUAAAAUGGUUCAACAUCUCUGUUUGUUAAAAAGGAAUUAUUCUGCAUACGUCACUUAGUCCAAAUUACAGGUUUAGGACACAUUUCAAAGCACAGUUUUGCUAUCAUGGAUAUAAGACAUGGUGUUUAGCACAAUUAACAGAUUCAAAGAAAAGAUAAGCAUUCGUUACACAUAGCAGUUUAGAAAAUUCACUCUUGGAAGUUAAAUAAACCGCCAGACUUUCACUUGGAACGAUGACAGCCUUAGUGAUAAAAGGAUAAUCAAGGAUUAUAUUGGUUUUCGAUAAAUAUUAUGUUUUCAUAUCAUGAACUUGGUGAAUUCCUGCUUACAUUAGUAUGUUGCGUCUGUGCACGUGUGAAUAUGCAUUAUUUUGUUGAAUAAUUUGAAUUCUUUAUCUAUAUAAGUCACUUUAUUUUUAAUCAGAUAUUAGAUAAAUAAAUAUGUCUU